AUGGAGGUGUUUUUCUGGGCGGUGUUCGGAGCGCUGGUGGUGCUGUGCGCGGGGCUGGAGGGCAGCAAGGGGCAGCGCGACAAGCUGCAGACGUCGCCCGCCUUCGAGUCCUUCAAGAACAACUACCUCCUCGUCUACUCGCUCAUGAUGGCGGGAGACUGGUUGCAGGGGCCGUACGUGUACGCGCUGUAUCAGCACUACGGGUACGACAAGGGCGACAUCGGCCGCCUCUUCAUCGCCGGCUUCGGCUCCUCCAUGGUCUUCGGCACCAUCGUCGGCUCGCUGGCCGAUAAGCAUGGGCGGCGGCGCGCAUCGCUGACGUACUGCGGGGUGUACGUGCUGUCGUGCCUCACCAAGCACUCGCCCGACUACCGCCUGCUCAUGCUGGGCCGCGUGCUGGGCGGCAUCGCCACCUCGCUGCUCUUCUCCGCCUUCGAGAGCUGGCUCGUGGCGGAGCACUUCAAGCGUGGCUUCGAGGCGCAGUGGCUGUCAGUGACGUUUUCCUCGGCCAUCUGGCUGGGCAACGGGCUCAUCGCCAUCCUCUCAGGGCUGCUCGCCAACUCGCUGGUGACGUCGCUGGCGCUGGGCCCCGUGGCCCCCUUUGACGCCGCUGCGCUCGUGCUGCUGGUGGGCGGCGCCAUCAUCACCGCCACGUGGCCGGAGAACUACGGCGACAGCACCGACUCCAAGGGGCUGCUCGCCCAGUUCCACGCCGCCGCCUCUGCCAUCGCCUCAGACGAGAAGAUAGCGCUGCUGGGCGCCAUCCAGUCGCUGUUCGAGGGCAGCAUGUACACCUUUGUGUUCCUCUGGACGCCCGCCCUCGCCCCCUCGGACCAGCGCAUCCCACACGGCUUCAUCUUCGCCAUCUUCAUGCUCGCCUCCAUGACCGGCUCCUCCCUCGCCGCCCGCCUCAUGGCGCGCCCCACCCUGCGAGUGGAGCUCUACAUGCAGAUCGUCUUCGCCGUCUCCUCCCUCUCCCUCCUCGUCCCUCUCUUCGCCUUCUUUGUGUUGGAGCCGGUGGCGCCGGACGGGGGGGCCAUCACGCGCGGGGGGCGGGUGCAGCUGGUGGGGUUCUGUGUGUUUGAGGUGUGUGUGGGCGUGUUCUGGCCGUCCAUCAUGAAGAUGCGCUCGCAGUUCAUCCCCGAGGAGGCGCGCGCCACCAUCAUGAACUUCUUCCGCAUCCCCCUCAACUGCUUCGUCUGCAUCGUGCUCUACAAUGUGAGUGCGUUCCCCAUCACAGCCAUGUUCGGCAUGUGCUCCAUCUUCCUCGCCAUGGCUGCUGUGCUGCAGCGCCGCCUCUUCGCCAUCUCCUCCCCGGGCAAGCCCGGCACGCCCGCCUGCCACU